GGAGCUGCCUGCCAAAUCCCUACCAUGAGCCCGCGGAAGAGACUGCAACGGCGGUUCAGCUCGCCAUCCUUCAAGGAUAGCUGGUCGCGUUCAAAGUCAAAACCUAAUUCUCGCCCCUCUCGAGAUACCGCAUCAGCGCAUGUAGACGCAGAUGCCGAGCGACCGCGACCUAUCUAUGCGUCACUUCCACCUUCGCCGAUCCUUCCACCGUCACCUGUGUCCCCCUCACCCCCUUCCCGCUCUCUGUCUCCACCUGAUCCUCCCUUAUACGACAAUAUCGCUCCACCUCCCUUCUCUCUGUGGGACUAUCUGCGCGAGGAACUGCUGGCGACGGACUUUGAUUCGCAUCAGGAACUCAAGUGGGAUCGUGUCAGUAACUUCUUGAGCAUCCCAGUGGCCAUCGAGAAGAUCAUCAUGUUCGGUUUCGUGCUUUGCCUGGACUCGUUCCUGCACACGUUCACGAUCCUUCCCAUCCGCUCGACGCUGGCGUUGAUGCGGCUCGUAUUCAAUACGUGUUCCCGGACGGCUGUUUCGCUGCCUCCGGCCCAAAAAGCGGACAUCUUGAAGAUGCUGCUGCUGGUCGUCUCGAUCCUUAUACUAUAUCCGCUGGUGGAUGCGAGUAAGAUAUACCACUCCAUCAGGGGACAGGACACGAUCAAACUGUAUGUCAUUUUCAAUGCACUCGAAAUCGCAGACCGACUGUGUGCUUCGAUAGGGCAGGAUAUCCUGGACUGUCUCUUCUCCCGGUCGACUCUCGAGCCUCUGUCGCAUCGCAUACCAGUGACAACGCACACCUUCCGCCCGCUGCUGUUUUUCGUGCUAGCAACUCUGUACGUAGUCGCGCACUCGCUGGUCAUGGUCUACCAGCUAUUGGCCCUGAAUGUGGCUGUCAACUCGUACGACCACGCGCUGUUGACGCUGCUCGUCUCGAAUCAGUUCGUGGAGAUCAAGGGAAGCGUGUUCAAGAAGUUCGAGAAGGAGAACCUCUUCCAAAUCACCUGCGCAGAUGUCGUGGAGCGGUUCACGCUGUCGCUGAUGCUCUCUGUCGUGGCGUUCCGGAAUCUCAUCGAACUCAGUGGCUCUGAAUUCGGAUUCAUCGAAGGUUUCAUCCUGCCGAAGAGUUUCGGGUGGGUGGGGGGCAACAGUGUCUUCUGGACGAUCUCCUAUCCUGUUGUGACGGUCAUGGUCUCGGAGAUGCUCGUGGACUGGCUCAAGCAUGCAUUCAUCACCAAGUUCAACCACAUCCGACCGUCCGUGUACGAGCGAUACACGGAUGUCCUCUGCCGGGAUCUAGCGAGCGGCAGUGCUGUCGGCCGGAGAGGUGCCCGAAAACACACCUACGUGGAUCAGUCUCCGUUAGUCGCACGCCGCUUGGGAUUCGCAGCCCUGCCUUUGGCGGUGCUGGCUAUCUUGAUCGGGUCGCAGUCUAUCAAUCUGCUCUUUUCGAUGCACGACGAGCAUUCCUCGCCGUGGUCCGUGGCUUGUAAUGCCGAUUUGGUCCACUGUAUCACGUGGGGUGCUAUGGGUGUUCUCUUUUGGGUGUGCUUUGUGGUCGUGAAGGUGAUACUGGGAGUGAACCUCAUCAGCUAUGCAACAAGACGGAAAACGGGAAUGGAAGCCCGAGAGGCAGAGGAUGUUAUCAACGACUUUGGCCGGGAUCCGAUCGGGGAGGGGAAGGAAGAGCAGAGCUACAACCGGGAGCUGAAGACUCUUUUGGACAACAAGUCAGACGACGCGUCUGGUAAGACAAAGAAGGGCCGAGUGAAGCUGGAAGAUCUCACGAGAUUUACAAUGGUUAAACAGAUUUGGUAAUGAGGGUGGUGAACAUGCUAUCUAUUGCUACAAGUAAUGACCGUUGGAUGUGCAAGGAGAGAUUUAAUAUGCGAAUCUACCACUGUUCCCUGAUGGCGG